UAAAAACGUGCUUGCAGAGUUUGUGCUGGGGCUGGUGCUGAAGGAAAGGGAACACACACACUGACUUGAUGGUGCUGUAAUAACCUUCAUUUUGUCUUCUUUUUUUUUCUCAACUGCACACUGACAAUUUCAUGUCUUAAAUGUAGACAUGGUGAACUUUAUGAAAUCCAGGACUUUUCUAUUUUUUGCUGUUUUUGUGGUUCACGUUUUAGUUGUGAAAUGUCAAGGAAGUGGAGAUGAAGUGGGUUGUUCACAGGAUGGUCAGACCUACACAAAUAGAGAUAUAUGGAAACCACAGCCAUGCCAAAUCUGUGUUUGUGACAGUGGAACAAUUCUCUGUGAUGAGAUUCAAUGUGAGGAGAUACUGAACUGUGAAAAACCGGUAAUACCUUUUGGAGAAUGUUGUCCAGUAUGUCAAGAUGGAGAGGGUGGUGAUGGCCGUGGUGAUGGCCGUGGUGGCAACGAAGGCAGCGCUGGUAGAGGAUAUAAGGGCCAGAAAGGAGAACCUGGACAAGUCCCUUAUGUAACAGGUAUAAGAGGUCGCCCAGGCCCAAUGGGCCCACCGGGUUCACAGGGACCGCGAGGUGAACGAGGAUACAAAGGAAGGCCGGGUCCUCGAGGUACCCCUGGCUAUGAUGGUGAGCCUGGUGUUCCUGGGCAGCCUGGAGAACCUGGCCCCCCUGGCCACCCCACACACCAUGGCGGGAACCAAUUUUCACCUCAAAUGAUGGGAGGAGCCGAUGAGAAAUCAGGAGUCAGUGGCCAGCUCGGAAUGGUACCUGGAUCAAUGGGUCCAGCAGGAGCAAGGGGGCCUCCAGGGGUUACAGGCCAACCCGGUCCUCCAGGUCUACAGGGUGCACCAGGAGAAAUUGGAGAUCCAGGAUCAAUGGGUCCAGUUGGUCUAAGGGGUCCUGAGGGUCCACCUGGAAAACCAGGUGAAGAUGGUGAACCUGGGAAGUCUGGUCAGCCAGGAGAAACUGGGUUUCCUGGAUCUGCGGGUGGAAGAGGUUUCCCCGGGGCACCUGGUCUUGCAGGUAUAAAGGGGCACAGGGGACAUCCUGGGGGAAUUGGCCCAAAAGGGGAGCGUGGAGCUGUUGGGUCAAAGGGUGAAUCUGGUCCAACUGGUCAAAUGGGUCCAGUAGGUCCAGAGGGUCCAAGAGGAAUUCCAGGAGAGAGAGGACGGUUUGGACCAUCAGGAGCCACAGGUAGACGUGGUUCUCAAGGAAACGUUGGUAAAACAGGUCCCAUGGGGUCUAUUGGUAUAAGUGGCCCCCCAGGUUUCCCAGGUCCUCCAGGAACAAAGGGUGAAGCUGGGGCUACUGGAGUCCGUGGACCUGUAGGGCCUCAAGGCCAGCGGGGUGAAACAGGACGUCAAGGCAACGUUGGAACUACUGGUCUACCAGGUCCUGCUGGGACAGAUGCUGGCCCUGGUACUAAAGGUCCAGUGGGGAGCGUGGGUGUCUCAGGUCCACAUGGCCCUCCUGGUCCCCUAGGAUCACCUGGACCUGAGGGGAGUAGCGGACCACCGGGCAUCAAAGGUCAACCAGGAGACAUUGGAGUACCAGGAUUCAAAGGAGAAGCAGGGCCUAAAGGGGAACCGGGUCCACCUGGGGCUCAAGGUGUAAUUGGUCCCCAAGGUGAAGAAGGAAAGAGAGGGCUCCGUGGAGACUCAGGAUCUGUUGGCCCUCAAGGUCCAGCUGGUGAAAGAGGUGCUCCAGGUAAUAGAGGUUUCCCUGGUGCUGAUGGAUUACCUGGUCCGAAGGGUGCACAAGGAGAUCGUGGCAUAACAGGUACCUCUGGUCCUAAAGGCUCUGUAGGAGAUCCUGGCCGCACAGGUGAACCUGGGCUUCCUGGGGCAACGGGACUUACUGGAACUCCUGGAGUUCAGGGUGCUGAAGGAAAGCCUGGGCCAGUGGGUGCAUCUGGAGAAGAUGGGAGACCAGGACAAGCAGGAUCAUUGGGUACAAGAGGCCUUCCAGGUGUCAUGGGAUUACCAGGCCCAAAGGGUUUUAAUGGUGACCCAGGAAAGACUGGUGAGCUGGGUUCUCCGGGUGCACCAGGACAAAGGGGUCCACCUGGCAAAGACGGUGAAGUUGGCCCUGCAGGUCCAGCAGGUCCACAUGGGGUAGCAGGAGACAGAGGAGAGCAAGGACCUCCUGGUCUAACAGGUUUUCAGGGUUUACCUGGUCCACCAGGUCCACCUGGGGAGUCCGGAAAGCCAGGUGAUCUGGGUAUUCCUGGAGAGGCUGGUGCUUUCGGUCAAAUAGGCCCAAGGGGAGAGCGUGGAACUCCAGGUGAACGAGGUGAAUUGGGAGCUCAUGGUCUUCAGGGUCCUAAAGGUAUUCCAGGAGCUCCAGGUCCUGAUGGUCCAAAGGGUAACCCAGGGCCUACUGGAGCUGUUGGUGAUCUUGGACCACCAGGUCUGCAAGGAAUGCCAGGAGAGAGGGGCAUCUCAGGCCCUAAUGGCCCAAAGGGUGAAAGAGGUUCUCUAGGUGAAAAGGGAUCAGAAGGUACUCCUGGUAACGAUGGUGCUAGAGGUCUUCCAGGUCCAAUUGGGCCACCUGGAUCAAAUGGUCCCUCUGGUGAGAAAGGUGAACCUGGCCCUCGUGGUCCACCUGGUCCUGAUGGAGCCCGAGCAAGUCCCGGAGCUCGUGGUGAACCUGGUCCUAGUGGCCCUGUUGGAUUUGCUGGUCCACCUGGUCCUGAUGGUCAGCCUGGUGUUAAAGGUGAACCUGGUGAGCCUGGACAAAAGGGCGAUGCUGGAUCUCCAGGCCCCCAAGGAUUGUCUGGAUCCCAUGGACCAGGGGGUCCUCCUGGGGUGGCUGGACUAAAGGGUGGUCGUGGUACUCAAGGCCCACCGGGUGCAACUGGUUUCCCUGGAUCGGCUGGCAGAGUUGGCCCACCUGGUUUAACUGGUCCUGUCGGUCAGCCUGGACCUCUCGGUUCUCCUGGAAAGGAAGGUCCUGCAGGUCUGAGAGGUGAUACUGGUCCACCUGGACGCCAAGGAGAGCGUGGGGCUGCAGGCCCUUCUGGAAGUCCAGGAGACAAAGGGGACUCUGGAGAAGAUGGCCCAACUGGUCCUGAUGGCCCUCCAGGUCCUUCAGGAACAACGGGACAAAGAGGGAUUGUUGGUUUGCCAGGUCAGCGAGGUGAAAGAGGAAUGCCUGGUCUUCCAGGGGCACCUGGUACUCCAGGAAAACAAGGUACAUCUGGUACCUCAGGUGACAAAGGUCCCCCGGGUCCUGUCGGCCAACCAGGUUCCAAAGGUCCUGUUGGAGAUCCAGGUCCAGAUGGACAUGCUGGAUCAGAUGGCCCUCCAGGUCGUGAUGGCGUCCUAGGUGAAAGGGGGGAUCGUGGGGAGUUAGGUCCUGCAGGUCUGCCAGGUGCUUCAGGGGCUCCUGGUUCCCUAGGACCUGUUGGCCCUACUGGUGAGCCAGGAAGAAGAGGUGACCCUGGCUCACGUGGGCCACUGGGUCCUUCUGGUCUAGCUGGAAAACGAGGAUUACCUGGUCCUCAAGGCCCCAGGGGUGACAAAGGAGACCAUGGAGAUCAAGGAGAAAGAGGCCAGAAGGGUCACAGAGGCUUUACAGGAUUACAAGGCUUGCCUGGUCCUCCCGGUACUACUGGUGAGCAAGGAAGCGUUGGUAUUGUUGGACCCUAUGGUCAGAGAGGUUCACCAGGACCAGUGGGCCCUCAAGGCAAAGAAGGAUAUAUCGGACAGCCUGGUCCAAUGGGACCUCCAGGCACACGAGGACUCUCUGGUGAAGUCGGACCUGAAGGUCCUAAUGGAGAACCUGGCCCCCCUGGUCCUCCUGGUGCUCCUGGUCCUCCAACUGCUGCUGUGGAUGAUUUCUAUGGUCACCAAGAUUAUGACGUUGGCCCACCACCACCUCCAGAAUUCAAUGAAGAUGAAGCAGUUCCAAACAGCAAUAAAUCAGAUAUUCUAACUGCUGACCCAGGUGUCCAAGCUACCCUGAAAGCACUUGGUAGCCAGAUAGAAAACAUACGCAGCCCUGAUGGAACCAAAAAACACCCAGCCAGGACAUGUGAUGAUCUGAAAUCGUGCUACCCAUUAAAAAAAAGUGGUGAAUACUGGAUUGAUCCCAACCAGGGUUGUGCUGAAGAUGCAGUGAAAGUGUAUUGCAAUAUGGAAACUGGAGAGACUUGUAUUUCUGCAAACCCAUCCAGCAUCCCACGUAAAACAUGGUGGAGUACAAGGAAUCCCACUAACUUCAAGCCAAAAUGGUUUGGGGCAGACAUGAACGGCGGGACACUUUUCAGCUACAGCAGCAACGACCAGUCGUCAAACACUGUCACUGUCCAAAUGACGUUUUUGCGUCUGCUGUCAAAGGAAGCCUCACAGAAUAUCACAUACCAUUGCAAAAACAGUGUGGGUUACAUGGAUGAAAAAAAUGGCAAUCUGAAGAAAGCUAUUGUCCUUAAAGGUGCCAACGACCUUGAUCUUAAAGCAGAAGGAAACAGUCGGUUCAGAUACAAUGUCCUUGAGGAUAGCUGCACCAAAGCCAAUGGCAACUGGGGUAAGACAGUCUUCGAAUACAGAACACAGAAAACAGCUCGUCUUCCCAUUGCAGAUAUUGCUCCAGUGGACAUUGGUGGAGCGAAUCAAGAAUUUGGUAUCGACAUUGGGCCAGUUUGCUUCUUGUAAAAAAAGGACAUGGAUACAUUGAAGUUAUUCCUGAGACUCUUGAACUAAUGGCUGAUUUGAUCAGCACUGUACAUACAGUACCGUGGAACAUUCUGGUCUCCUUACUAAAUAUUUAUUGUGCCUUUUGAACCUUUUUGUGUUACAAGAUUUCUAAGUAGAUUUUUAGUGUAGCAUACAAUAGAGGUCUUGGUGUUUCAAUGGCUCAUUAUUCCAUUGGUAAACUAUAAAGCCAAUUAUUGUUGUGAAUGAGGUUUUGUGGAUGCAUAUAAAAGGAACAUGUUGAAGCAUGAUAGAACUGCAAACUUGUAAUUUCUAGGAUUUUCUAACAAUUUAGUAAAUUAAAAGUUAAAAAGUUUCUGUCAGGGUGUUUGAAAAUAAUUAUGGUAAGCCAGAAUGCUAUCACAUAAUGGCACUUUCACAAAACUUUAUAUUCAAAUAAAAACUUGUGAAACAGCUAAUAUGUAUAUAUAUAUAUAUAUAUAUAUAUAUAUAUAUAUAUAUAUAUAUAUAUAUAUAUAUAUAUAUAUAUAAACACAGAAUCAUUUGUGUUCUUAUGAAGUGCUGAUACCUGCGUCAGCCUCCCCCUUAAUAACCACUCUAAGGAAGAAAUGAGUUACUAUCAUACUGUACUUUCACUUAAAACCAACUAGCUUAUUAAACUGCCUUUCAAGUUCUGAAUAUUUUUAGUAUCAACAUUUAACAAAGGCUACAAUAACAAGAACUUCUUAAUAUUCCUUUCAGAUCAGUGGUGCUGCGUAGUGAACCAGAGUUUAUGAAGCUUAAAUCUGUAGCCAAAUAUGACCUGUUCCAUACUGACUUGCUAUCACUUUAGUUCAAAGAUAAUGAAUAGUUUGAACAAGUAAUUCCUUAGUGUAAGCUACCUCAUCUCGAAAAACUGGGAUGCAUUGUUGUCUCUUUUUAAACAUUUUGGUGCUGCAUUUUGAAAGGCAUCUGAGUGUAGCUAUCUCAGCAUUGAAAAAAGGCAGAGUUUGAUGGUGCUAAUACAUAUUUGUUCUUUCAGCUGCUGAUGAAGUAGCAAAUCAAAAGGCUACCAGUUGUUUUUUAUUAUUCUUUUUCUGACAGUGAUGGGUAGAAAAGUCUUUCCAAUAUUUUGGCUUUACUUCCUUUUUUCCAAUAAAAUCUGGGCGAUUCCAAAAGGAAAGCCAAGAACAUUGUCUUGUUCGUGUAUUUUGCUAAGCUUUGCAUUUAAACAAUGCUUUCUAAUGUCAGUGAUUUCUUUAUUGUCAAACUCAUGCAGACACUUGACUAUAUAUAUAUAUAUAUAUUUACUUAAGUAUCCAAUUUCUGUAAAAAAAAAAAAAAAAGUAUAUAUAUAUAUAUAUAUAUAUAUAUAUAUAUAUAUAUAUAUAUAUAUAUAUAUAUUUUUUUUUUUACAGAAAUUGGAUACUUAAGUAAAUGUAAUUUAUAUUUUCUUAAAACAGCACAUUUUAAGCUGAUGAGGAUGUGGGCUUCAUAAUGUUUACUGUCACUUCUUUGUCAAAGCAAAAAUCUAUUUUAAUUCACAGCUUUACAGAUCCCAGUUAGCAUUAGGUAGUCCAACAUUAGUUCACAUGUUCUAUGUAAUUAUAUUGUUAUCAAUGGAGUUUUAAAUAAAACUAAACCAAGGUUUACUUGACAGAAAAAAAAAUGUCAUCCCUUUGAACGCAAAUAAACUGUCCAGUUUCUGCAUGUUCCCAGUGCUUCUGCAGUGUCAUGUAUUAUCUGUCACUGUACAGUAUGUUCUUGUCUCUCAAGCUUUUAAUGGUACCUGUUAUAAAUGUGCAGAUAUUUGUGUAUUAUUUUAUCAAUUUCUUUAAACAGUGAGUGAAUGCUAUCAUGCUUAUAUUUGGAACUGUUUAGAAAUGAAAUUAAACUGCUGGCUUUCCUUCAA